AUGGAGACCGUCGCGGCCGCCGGCUACGCGCACGGGGCCGCCACGCGCUCCCCGGCGUGCUGCGCCGCCAUGUCCUUCUCGCAGUCCUACAGGCCCAAGGCUGCCAGGCCGGCGACCUCGUUCUACGGCGAGUCGCUGCGGGCGAACACGGCGAGGACGUCGUUCCCGGCGGGGCGGCAGUCCAAGGCGGCCAGCCGGGCGGCGCUCACCACCCGCUGCGCGAUCGGCGACAGCCUGGAGGAGUUCCUGACCAAGGCGACGCCGGACAAGAACCUCAUCAGGCUGCUGAUCUGCAUGGGGGAGGCGAUGAGGACGAUCGCCUUCAAGGUCCGGACGGCCUCCUGCGGCGGCACGGCCUGCGUCAACUCCUUCGGCGACGAGCAGCUCGCCGUCGACAUGCUCGCCGACAAGCUCCUCUUCGAGGCGUUGGAGUACUCCCAUGUGUGCAAGUACGCGUGCUCUGAGGAAGUCCCCGAGCUGCAGGACAUGGGUGGCCCGGUCGAAGGCGGAUUCAGUGUGGCGUUCGACCCCCUUGACGGCUCCAGCAUCGUGGACACCAACUUCACCGUGGGAACCAUCUUCGGCGUCUGGCCCGGCGACAAGCUGACCGGCGUCACCGGCGGUGACCAGGUUGCUGCCGCCAUGGGCAUCUACGGCCCUCGCACCACCUUCGUAGUUGCCCUCAAGGACUGCCCCGGGACACACGAAUUCCUUCUCCUCGACGAAGGUAAAUGGCAGCAUGUCAAGGACACCACGAGCAUCGGAGAAGGGAAGAUGUUCUCCCCUGGCAAUCUGAGGGCCACGUUCGACAACCCUGAUUAUGACAAGCUUGUCAACUACUAUGUGAAGGAGAAGUACACUCUGCGUUACACCGGAGGAAUGGUCCCUGAUGUCAACCAGAUCAUCGUGAAGGAGAAGGGCAUCUUCACGAACGUGACGUCGCCGACGGCGAAGGCGAAGCUGCGGCUGCUGUUCGAGGUGGCGCCGCUGGGGUUCUUGAUAGAGAAGGCCGGCGGGCACAGCAGCGACGGCAAGCAGUCGGUGCUGGACAAGGUGAUCUCCGUCCUGGACGAGCGGACCCAGGUGGCCUACGGCUCCAAGAACGAGAUCAUCCGCUUCGAGGAGACCCUCUACGGCUCCUCCAGACUCGCCGCCAGCGCCACCGUCGGCGCCACCGCCUAA